CUAAAGCCAAGGCUGCUCCGCGGGGGUGGUCCCCUGCACAGAACCUCCUCCUCUUACAACCACUGCCUGCAGAGGCUCCACCCCGGCCCGUCCUCCACCCUCUUCCCCUGAGGCACCUUUGGGGACUUGGAGUUGGAUAUACCAUGGGAACCCCAAACGAUCAGGCCGUAUUGCAGGCUAUCUUCAACCCCAACACCCCAUUUGGAGACAUCGUUGGGGUGGACCUGGGAGAGGAAACAGAGCAAGACGAAGAUGAAGAUGCAGUUUUCCCUCAAGCACAGCUGGAACAGUCCAAGGCGCUGGAGCUGCAGGGGGUGAUGGCGGCAGAGGCCGGGGACCUCAGCACAGCCCUGGAGAGGUUUGGCCAAGCCAUCGGCCUGCUUCCGGAGAGAGCGUCAGCCUACAACAACAGGGCCCAGGCCCGGCGGCUCCAGGGGGAUGUGGCAGGUGAGGGAAACGCCCGGGAGCCUCCACAGAGGGCACAGAGCAGAGGGAGCUGUGGGGCAAGGAACCGCUAAACCCAUGUUUGGGCCUGAAAAGCCUGAGGUAUGGUACAGACCCUGCUGGUCUCACGGGGCUGUGGUGAAAGUCAGAAGAGACUGCAUUCUACUCAUUUACUGAAGGGACAGUUCAUGAGAGCCUACCCUGUGGCAGUAAGCUGAGUACCAAGGACAUGAAGGUAAAAGAUGCAGUAUUUGCAGCUAACGUUUAUCCAGUACUUACUACAUGCCAAUAUGCUAUAGUAACUCAAUCUUGCAGCAACCCUUGAAAAGCUAUGUACUCUUGUUAUUCCCCCUUUUUUGUCUUGUUUCCUUUU